GCCUGUCCAUGACCAAUCUCCAUCUCCGCUCAUCAUUUUGCACCGCCAAAUCUUGAGACAGUGAAUCGUGCAUGUAAAUAGUUUCACGCUUGGUAGAAAUAUCAGUCAAGCGCAGGACUCACGUCACGAUUUCUCUCUUUCAACAGCACUCAACUUCUAUCCUUACAUCCGUUCUCGCCUUCGGACCCAGUCGCUAUCAUGUCUACCGCUGCUCGUCGCCGUCUCAUGCGAGACUUCAAGCGCAUGCAAACCGACCCCCCCGCUGGCGUCUCUGCUUCACCUGUACCAGACAAUGUCAUGACCUGGAACGCCGUCAUCAUCGGCCCCGCAGACACUCCGUUUGAAGAUGGCACCUUUCGACUUGUGAUGCAGUUCGAAGAGCAAUAUCCCAACAAGCCUCCCCAAGUCAAGUUCAUCAGCCAGAUGUUCCACCCCAACGUCUACGCCACCGGAGAGCUUUGUCUCGACAUUCUGCAAAAUCGAUGGAGUCCUACGUAUGAUGUCGCUGCUGUCUUGACCAGUAUCCAAAGUUUACUUAACGAUCCUAACACUGGUUCACCUGCGAACGUCGAAGCCUCCAACCUAUACAAGGACAACCGAAAGGAAUACACCAAGCGUGUCAGAGAGACAGUGGAGAAGAGCUGGGAAGACUGAACGGCCGAACUCAAAAAGGACAGAGAACGGUAUGCCAACGUCGACCUGUCCAGCAAGGCACAGAUCAGGUUGCUCAAACAGUGAAAGUGCUCUGCAGCCCA